GGUUAUUGAGGACCACUCAUGCGCCAUCUUUGAACCAUAUCCCUACUUCCUAAAAACACAGAGAUCCAGUAGCAGGUACAUAUUUUGCUGGCAACACGCUAACUACUGUAUCCCGCGUUGAGCAAGCGUGGUGGCUUUGUACAGUACAUUACACAGUGUGGAAGCUGUGCAUGUGAGGACUGGGAAAGAGGGACACAGCUCGGUAUUGCUGAGAGGGAAGGUCGAAUUUCUAUAUUUCCUCGUGAAACGCUGAAAUCUUGGAAUGUUUACAAUUACCUGAGUGUGCAGUGAUUGAUUUUAUGUAUUAUUCUGGUGCGAGUCGACGGUUCCAUUAAUAUUAUUCUGCUGUGUGAUUCCAAGACGCAGGAAUUUCGCCAUGCAUGACGUUUCGUCUUUGCCGAUCGACAUCCACGCCCAAAAGUUGCUGGACUGGCUGGUUAGUCGUAGGCAUGUGAAAGACGACUGGCAGAAAGAUGUUGCCGUUAUACGCAAAAGGAUAACUGCUGCCCUGAUGGAUAUGCCCGAACAUCCGGACAUUACCGCACUGCUUUCUGGUUCUUACCUCAAUUACUUUCAUUGCAAGAAAAUAGUCGAAAUUCUGCGAGAAACUGAGAGGGACUCGAAAAACGUCUUCGGUUACUACUCGUCUCAGCGUAUGAAGGAUUGGCAAGAGAUCAUAAAACUGUACGAAGCCGACGGGGUUUAUCUGGCGGAAGCAUCGCAACUGUUAUUUCGUAAUGUUGUCUACGAGAUUCCUGGAAUUAGGCGGCAGAUCACGAAAUUCGAUAAUGACAUGGAGGAAUUCGAGAAACGUGCUGCUGAUGCCUUGAAAAACGCUGAAGGAAUGCGUAAUAAAUUUCAGCAAUCCUGCAAGCAAAUGAACGUGAUUGGGGAUGACUUGAAACGAGAGCUUAUCGCCUUGCUCAAUGAACUACCAACAGAAUAUGAAAAGAUAACAAAGGAAAUCGCCGGAAUUGAGAAUAUCUGCAAGUUUUACCAGUCUUCGGUCGCUUUCGCGUUGGGAUCACGCAAUGUUCCCGAAUGUGUCCCAUUGCUAUGGUUUAUUGCGAAACACGGUAACGUUACCACAUACGAGUGGAGGUAUGGAGAACCCCCACUGAAAAUUGAAGCUCCCCCGGAAACUGACUGGGAAUUGAACGACGUUGUCCAACGAAAAGACUCUACCGAUUCGGACGAUUUUGAAAAGAUUGACUUCGGAGAGGCUGAAGGAGGAACAGGAGAUUUCGUUGAUAUUGGCAAUGCGACAGGCGAAAUUGAUUGGGGAGAUCACACCGAGACGACUAUCAGUUGGGGUCCAGCUGGACAAGAGUGUCUUGAGGGCUCUUUGGAAGACGCCGGGAUCACAGUAGAAAGCAGUGGAGUAGAAGGCGGUACGGCAACUGAUGAAGACGCACUAACCCUUCUAGAUAACAUGCGCACUCGAAACAUAAUCGUCGAUGACUUGUGCGAACUGGAGGCGUUUUUACGUCGUCGAAUGCAUGAACUGUCGGAUGAUUCGAGUAAUGAGCAUGGUCAAGUCCUGGCCUUGUCCUUGUUUCAACACGCCCCAGCGGACGUACAAAUGCAGACCCUGGAAUCUUUGCAGAAGAUGCUUUCUGAAGUCACGGGAAUCAUCGGCAUGUUCACCAAUGUCAGGAUUCAACAUCUGUUCCUGAUCAAGAGUUCUCCAAGGUACGUUGACCGUUUGGCUCAAAGUGUUCGGGAAAAAUUGGACAUCGCUAAAAAGUUGGAGGCAAAUUCCGAGGGAUUACUUCUGAAGAAGACAAAAGCUUUUGAAGACAGGGGAAAACUGGUUCCAGCGCUUAAAACUCUGAUCAGCAAGACUCUUAACCUACAACAUGAGAUUGAAGACGAAAUAUCCAAGAAAUACAAGAACAGACCAGUGAACAUCAUGGCGGCUGACGACAAAAUGGACGAAUUGAUCGCGUCUAAGCGUGUGACUAUAGGUCCUGUGGAAGAUCAUUCUGAACUUGACAGAUUGUUUAAAUGCCAGAUUUGCAAGACCACGGAGUUCACUCGCGAGCCAUGGCUGAUUCCGUGCAUGCACACCGUUUGCAAUAAUUGUUUCGACGAUUUGCCACAGGGAAAACAACCCUGCAUGCAUUGCCGAUUGCCGUUCAAAAAGGAGCAAGCAGUCCGCCACGCGUUGGCCGUUCAGUACUUCAGUGAGAAGAAAGGUCACGUUGUUCCGCGCGGACCGUGCUCGAAUUGCCCAGACGCUGAUUCGGCGUAUUAUUGCCGCACGUGCGUCUUGUCCUUUUGUCCCGCCUGCUACAUGACGCAUCAGCGCGUGCGGGCCAAACUGGGCCACGUCGUGGACCGCGUUCAUCCACAAAAGACGUUGGGAGUGUGUUUUUGCUGCGUGCACACGAGCAAGCCCGCGGAGAAACUGUGUCGAACGUGUCGGGUGUUUUUGUGCGACGAGUGCUCCAGGGCCCACAUCAGAUCCCACAGUCUUGUGCUAGUGGACAAGAUGAAAGGCAGCGAUGGAGAUGACCGCAUGGAGAGUAUGAUUGCAGAACUGGAGACACUAGAGAAGAAAUUGUUGAAUGAGUUGCACAUGUUGGAUACGUCGACUAAAGCGUACGACAGAGGCUUGUCAGUUGCCCGCCUGGGUGUCAAAGAAGCGCUGAUUGAAUUCGCGACCAAGAUCCGAACGUCGAGUUUGUUACUGUUGAGGUCUAUUUCGGAUAAUGUUCUGCUUCAGAGGCAACGAGCUACCGAAGAAAUGGAGGGAAUCAAGAUUCAGUUGGAAAAGGUUGGGACUGCGAAGAAGCUUGCUGCGCAUUUGUGUGCCGCCGCUGCUGUUGAAUCUAAUGUUUCUUUAGAUAACGCGGUGAUACAGACGAUGAAGAAAUGCGUCGAGGGAGCAGACAAAUCUUUGCACGAGGAUUACAAAAACUGCGUGAAAGUCUACUUCGAAAAGGGUGACAUCGACUCCCUGGUCAAAGAUGCUAUAAAUGGACUCGGAGAAUUCGUCUCCGAGAAAGUACCGCCGACGUCCUUGUUUACUCCGAGUGAAAAUGGAUUGACAGGAAAAAGUGCUUCGCCACGUAUCGGUUUACCGAUUGCAUCUCCGGAAGUUGACACAUUACUCGCAUUCAAGGUUAUGAAAGUAAAUCGCCCGGUGAAUAAAAAGUCUCCCAAGUCCUCGUCGAGUUCCAGUGAACCUUCCGUUUCCCCAUCGCCGACUCAGGUGUUGUCGAUAAUUCCAAGGCCUGGUCCUAGUUCAGCGUGGAUCUCCGGAAGUAACGCACCAUCUUCAGUUACAUAUGCGGGAAGAAAGCGGAAAAUGGACCAGCCAGAUAGUCCGGAUGAUAUCAUCGUUUUAGAACCGAAAGACGAUGGAGGAGGAAAGAAACUCUGCGUCCUGUGCGGAACAGGAAGCUUAAAUGCAGAAGUGGUCAAUUGUCGGGAUUGCUGUAAAACCUAUCACGUGGGCUGCGCAUUACCUAUUCUGAAGAAUAAAAACAAAAAUUCUGAUCAUACAUUCUGGAAGUGCCUGAAAUGUGUGACGCCGCCUGAACAUCACGUCAUUUCCAACGCCAUCUUUGAAUAUUUCCGCGACGAAGUGUGCCGUAGAGAGAGGAAGAUUUAUCCUCGCCCAAAUAAGUCUGGUCGAUCAAAUCCGGGUUUGACCACGACGCAAAUCACGGCGUUCCGAAUAAUUUUGGACGUUCUGAACAGAGAGGAAAACUUGAAUUACCAUGUCUUCUAUCGCGAUGCUUCCCUGGUUAUGGAACGUUGGGAUUACGAUGCACCGGUUGUGAGACAACAGGGGCUGGAUUGGUUCGCAUCAAGGUACAACAGAUCGCUGCCGGCAUUUUUCAAAUCUUCGGAACAAAUGACCACCAGGCAUUUCGUGAAUCCUUCGUAAAGGAAUUACGCGAGAAUUUGUUUUUCUUUUGGUGUACCAGGCGAUGGCAGGAAAUUGUCGAGGCUGUUUUUCACGUGCUCUGGGAAUAUAUGCUGGUUUUUUGUUCAUCGAAGUUUUUUUUAAGCCGUUCGUCAUACAUUCGAUAUUGUGUACUUUCAGAUAUCUUAUGAUUGUCGCCGAUUGUUCUCUGUCUGCAAUGUACCGCUUUCUUUUUCCUCCCGA